AUGUCAAACGUGGUGGUUCUUGACAAUGGUGGAGGACUGUGCAAGGCUGGAAUUGGUGGUGACAGGAACCCAACAGCGGUGGUGCCGAACUGCCUCGGCCGUCCCUCUGCCUCCAAGAAAUGGCUGGUUGCUGACCAACUCCAAGCUUGCGAAGACCUGACUUCUGCCACCCUCCGCCGCCCAUUUGAUCGCGGCUACCUUAUCAACCCAGACCUUCAGAAAGAAGUUUGGGACCGCAUAUUCCGUUCCCUUCUUCAUGCCAGUCACCGUCCUGAUGGUCUCAUCUCUAAGGCCCAAUGCAGCCUUGUUGUCGAUUCUGGUUUCUCCUUCACCCAUGCUGCUCCAGUGCUUCAGAAUUUCACUAUCAACUAUGCUGUGAAGCGGCUUGAUCUUGGCGGCAAGGCCCUCACUAAUUACCUCAAGGAGCUUGUAUCAUAUCGAUCCAUCAAUGUCAUGGAUGAGACCUUUCUAAUUGAUGAUGUCAAGGAGAAGCUCUGUUUUGUUUCCCUCAAUGUCCCUCGUGACCUCCAGAUUGCCAGUAAUGAACUGUAUAACAGUCUGUAUCUGAAGUAA